AGGAGGGUUAAGUAGCCUGGCAGAACUAAAGAACCAAUUCCAAGCUACAUUAAAGGGGCUGUGGACGGACAGGGACUCCUGCCUGUAUGGCCUAUACUCUGGGCUCGGGGCCCGACGCAGGGCCUGCCAUCGGGCCCCAACACUGCGUCACAAAGGUGGAGCUCUCUGUGUGUGGCUCCAACCUGCUGGACCGGGACGUGGCCUCCAAGUCGGACCCUUUCUGCGUACUCUUCCAGGAGGUGGAUGGCAACUGGGUGGAGCUGGGUCGGACAGAGACUGCGGUAAAUAACCUGAACCCAGUGUUUGGGGUGAAGUUCCAGGUGGACUACCACUUUGAGGAGGUUCAGAAGCUCAAGUUUGCCAUGUUUGACGAAGACAAAUGCAGCACACAGCUCUACGAACACGACUUUUUGGGUGAAUUCACCUGCACCCUGGGGGUGAUUGUGUCAAAUAAGAAGCUCCAUCGACCACUGAUAUUAGCCAAUGGCAAGCCAGCAGGGAAGGGCUCUAUCACGAUAACGGCACAAGAACUGUCAGACAACAGAAUCAUAACCUUGAGCAUGUGUGGAAGGAAGCUGGACAAAAAGGAUUUCUUCGGCAAAUCCGACCCGUAUUUAGAAUUCCACAAGCAAGGAGAGGAUGGGAAGUGGAUGCUGGUUCACAGGACAGAGGUGAUAAAGAACACUCUGGAUCCUGUAUGGAAGCCCUUUACUGUGCCAUUAAUCUCUCUGUGUAACGGCGAUGUGGACAGGAGCAUUAAGGUGCUGUGCUACGACUAUGACAAUGACGGAGGCCAUGACUUUAUUGGAGAAUUUCAGACCACAGUUUCCAAGAUGUCUGAAGCUCAGAAUUCAGAGGAGGUUGAGUUUGAGUGCAUUAAUCCUAAAAAACAGAAGAAGAAAAAGAAUUACAAAAAUUCCGGCAUCAUCGUUCUGAAGUCAUGCAAGAUUACACGGGACUACUCAUUCCUGGAUUAUAUCCUGGGCGGAUGUCAGCUCAUGUUUACUGUUGGCAUCGAUUUCACAGCGUCCAAUGGGAGUCCACGAGAACCCUCAUCAUUACAUUAUAUCAAUCCACUGGGCAGCAAUGAGUACCUGUCUGCCAUCUGGGCUGUGGGACAAAUCAUACAGGACUAUGACACAGACAAAAUGUUUCCGGCUCUCGGAUUCGGAGCUCAACUCCCUCCUGACUGGAAGGUUUCUCACGAAUUCGCCAUCAACUUUAAUCCCACAAACCCAUUCUGCUUGGGUGUUGAGGGAAUCGUCCAGGCUUACUCCAACUGUCUGCCUCACAUUCGCUUUUACGGACCCACCAACUUCGCCCCCAUCAUCAACCAUGUGGCUCGCUUCGCCUCUCAGGCCCUCCAACAGGACACGGCAUCGCAGUACUUCACACUUCUCAUCAUUACGGAUGGAGUGAUCAGCGAUAUGGAUGAGACGCGUCACGCUAUCGUCCAGGCUGCCAAGCUGCCCAUGUCUAUCAUAAUCAUUGGGGUGGGCAAUGCUGACUUUGCUGCCAUGGAGUUCCUGGAUGGGGACAGUAGUGUUCUCCGCUCUUACACGGGAGAGGAGGCUGUGAGGGACAUAGUGCAGUUUGUCCCGUUUCGGGACUUUCGCAAUGCUCCGAAGGAAACUUUAGCGAAGUCAGUAUUGGCGGAACUGCCUCAGCAGGUAACACAGUAUUUUAAACAGAGGAACCUGUCGCCUUGCAACACAGUGCCGGAGUGA